AGAUGGCCGACAGUUAGUGCUUGAAAGCAGAUUUGUGCAAAUAUUUACCUUGUUAUUUGACUGAUAAUGCUUAUACUAUGGCUAUGAUGUUAAGAUUUCAGCAAAAUUUUUAAUGAAGUUAUGUCUCAAGGCUCGAGCUCUUAUUCAAGACAUCACAAUCACCUCAUUAAUGUCAGCAAUAAAAACACCUUUGGAGUUGGAGCUAGCUCAAUUCAUAAUGGGCAGCCUUCAUCAAGACAACUGGACGGGGAAAGAAAGAGAAAUUAUAAACUCAUUAUUGAUCCAGUGUUAAAGGGCAGAGGUUUUCAGAAAAUAUAUCGGUUUGAUGGGGAAUUUGAAGGACAAGCUGCAGUCAUUCCUAAAGAUCCGCGUUCAAGACGUACACGUUUAUGGUCAACUAGAACAAAAGCUGAUUUGCCCGUUCCAAAGUUUAAGAUUGAUAAAUAUUACGUUGGAAUUCCACCACAGCGUGAUGUUAUCCUUAAUGGGCUCAAUGAUAAUGUUGACAAGAAAUUUUUGCAAGAAAUGUGUGACAAAUUUGGCAAUAUUGAAGGAAUUAAGAUAUUUUGUGACCCCAUUACAAAACGUCAUUUGGGGAAGGCCCGAGUUGGAUUUUCUACAUCGGCAAGCGCUAAACUUGCUGUUGCUAAAUUGGAUGGAACUUCCAUUAUGGGUUGUAUUGUUCAAGCUGAGUUUGAACAUAAAGUGGAAAUGAAAUAUUCACAGAAGCCUCACUUUGUUGUUGAUCCAGCUCAUAAAACACCACCAUCAAUUGAGCGCAUUGUGGGUCGUCCAAUAUUACCAACCCCACCUCCAUCUAUUUCAUCACCUGCAAACAGCACUCCCUCAACUCCAGGCUCCAUGGGACUAUCUGAUCCACGAAAACGUAAUUGCACAAAUAUUGUAAUUGGAGAAAAACUUCCUUCUAAGUCACCAUCAUGGCCAAUGUCUAUCACUCAACAAAAUAAAACUCCCAUGUUUGAACCUGUCUCACCCCCUUCUGAUAAGAUACAACUUCCUCCUCCACCACCCCCUGAUUGUCCUCCACCUAUGCAUGAAAAAUGUCGUACACCUUCUCCAGUGCACAAUUCUUCUAAAUUGGAUCGAUAUCAAAACAAAGAUUAUAAAUUAUCCAGCAAAGCUUCUAGAGACGUAUAUAGGAGUAAUCGCCGUGAGGAGGAUUAUGAUUGUCGAAAACGAGAAUAUGGAGGCUUUAGAAGAUUAUCUGAAGAAAGAGGAAGAGACUCUCGUUAUUACAAAGAUCAUUAUACAAGAGAGAGCUUUGAUAGAAGAGAGUCUUGGCGAUCUAGUUAUAAUGAUUGUGAUAGUCGUAAAAGUCGUGAUCCUGAUGACAGCUAUGGCAAUGAAAAAAGUUUCAAAAGCACUAAAGAAGUAUCAAGGAAUCGAGUGAACCAAAAUUGUCGAGAAAUUGACAGCAGAUCAAGGUCACCGAGACCACGCUCCGAUUCCUACGAGAAGGAAAAAAGAUCCAUGACACCAGAUAUGAAAAAUGAAGAUAGUUUGUCAAAGAAAGACAGACUAAACAAGAUAGAAAGUACUAAACUAAACAAUGGAAAAAACAUAGUAUUAUCUAGCCAUGAUAAUAUGUUCAUACAGCCACCACCUUUACCACCUGAUGUUUUCUCAGAUCUUGUUGUACAUAUGAACACAAGUUUUGAAAAUAGAGAAAAAUUUGUACCUGAAGUUGAGGAUAUUUCUCCUGUAUCAUCACCAACACAGCCUGAAGACAUUGCUAUCACUGAUCAAUGUUAUCCUUCCAUGCUUCCCUCUUAUCCAACAGACAACUCACCAUGUCCACCAUUACCCAAUCAAGUUGAAGUUAAAGAUGAACAGGCUGAUGUUUCUAUGGAUAAAAAGAUACAAAGUUUAUCAACAGAGGAUAAUGAUGAUGCCAUGUCUCUUUCAUCAAUCAGUUCAAAUGAAGAAACACUUGAAAUAAAUAAACCUGUGCCCCCUGUUCCACCUCCACUACCCAAUUUUACUCCUGCCUACCCUCCAGCACCUCCAAUUAUACCUCCUCCUUUCAUGCCUCCUUAUAAUCCUACUAUACCCCCACCACCCACAUAUUCUGCCGUACCUGUUGUUGCCCAUCGUUUGCCCGUACCACCUCUAUCAAUAGCAACUAUUCCCCCUCCUCAUCCCUUAGUACCACCUGCAUUUCAUCCUACAUAUCCUCCACAAUUUGUGUCGACCUUGAACGGAGUGCCCACUCCAUCAACUUACCCUACGUUCCCUUCGGGACCCCUACCCUCUCCCCAGGAACAGCGUAUGCCUCAUAGGAAGAACUGGAAAACUCGCAUUUCAGAAGAAGUGUUGAAAAGGAUCGCAGAAGAACUCGCUUUAAUUUUGAAAAAAGAUGUUCUCAAAAGACUUGUGGAAAAUUCUGCUUUUAAGGCCUUAGAUGGUUGGUGGGAUAAUGUUCAGAAAGCAAAGGAUAUUUCUCAGUCAGAAACUGUAUUGAAUUUGACGAAUUCCUCCACAACUGUUUCUUCACAUACAGUUGAUAUGACAUCAAAUAUUACAUCACCAUUAUCGACGACCAUCAAUCAAGGUGGAAUUCUUGGUUUAGGACUGCGCGCUUCUCUUCCCAAGAUGCCAUCAUUCAGAAAACGCCGCCCACAACGCACAACACAUCGAAGUCCCGAUCGCGAUCAAAAACGAACGGCUACCGACAGUGACUCGGAUAUAACUGUAAAACGUAACAGUGAAUUAAAAAGGCUUCGUUUAGACAUUGGUGAUGAUUUAAGUGUUGGGUCACCAUGUCAAUUUGAUGAUGACAAUAUGGAAGCACCACCUGCGACCAGUGUCCGAAAUGAAGAAAAGCGUGGAAGACUGGGUUCCAGUCUCUACAGGAACAUAUACUCCAGUAUGAGUGAAUCAGAAAGCUCACAAUCUGAGGAAAGUGACUCUGAAGAGACUGGUGAAGAUGAUAGUGAAUGGGAGAGGACAAGUAGGACAUCACGGAGAACAUCCGAAUCUGAAGACCAGUCAAAAUCAACGCAAAAAGAAAUUGCAGCACCCAAAAUACCUCACACGCCACCUGAUACUCCUCCAAGAACACCUGUUAAGUCCCCUGUACAGGUUACAAUGCCUUCAAAUGCAUCAAUUACUCCAACUGCUAGUCCCAUUGAUAUUACUACCGUUGAUGAUGGAACUGAGAAAAUAACCGUGGAUAAUGAUAUUUUACCGUACAGUAGAUGUACGUUAACAACAGAGACCACAGGUAUAACGACUAUUGACAAUGUUUCAUCGACUUGUGAUUCAGAGCCUUCUGUCAUAAAGAAAGAAUUUGAAAAUAUGAACAAUGAGGAAAGUAAUCUUAGCGAGGCUUCAAGUAUAAUUCAAUCACAUAAACACAUGCCUCAGAAAGUUAUGUCUACUUCGGAUGAUUCAGCCUUCGAAGAUAAAAAACCAGUUGUAAUCACAGAGAAUGAAUUACAGAGAGGCAAUGAAGAAACAACAGCAAAACCUACACAUACACCAGUAGUUGAACACCCACUUCAGUUUGAUCUUCGACCAUAUUGGGAGGACGAUAGACUUGUUUACGACUUUCUUCUCUCUGGGUUGGAUCAUGAGGAUGCAAGUUACCUCAAGAUUGGUUUUGAAAGUCUCUCUCAAGUUGAUUCAGAUUCUGUUAUUCAUGCAUACUGGUCUUUCCAUACUACUACUUCAACUGGUGUUGUUAACAAAGGAAAAAGGUUCAAACAAGAGGCUAGUGGCAUUCGUGUUCACGAAUCUGGCUGUGCAAGAUGUGAAGGUUUUUAUAAAAUUGGUAUGAAAGAGAAAGCAAAAUAUUUGGAAGCUGCCAGACGACAAGUAGACAUGUCUGAGGCCGUUACAAACAAGAAAAUUAUUGAAAAGGAAGCAAAUAAGGCAAAGCAACAAUCACGUGAGAAUAGAGCUCUUCAACGCAGACUUGCAGCGUCGUUUCAACUGGAAGAUUUUGGUGAUAUUCUUAAAUUCAACCAACUCAAGGUUCGCAAGAAAAAAUUGACUUUCUCCAAAUCUUGUAUCCAUGAUUGGGGUCUGUUUGCACUCGAACCUAUUGCUCGUGAUGAGAUGGUAAUUGAGUAUGUUGGUGAGGUCAUACGACAGGCGAUUGCCGACGAUCGAGAGAAACGUUACGAGCGUCUUGGCAUAGGAAGUAGUUAUCUUUUUAGAGUGGAUUCUGACACAAUUAUUGAUGCAACAAAAUAUGGAAACUUAGCAAGAUUUAUUAAUCAUUGCUGUGAGCCUAACUGCUAUGCGAAAGUUGUGACCUUUGAAUCGGAGAAGAAAAUCGUCAUAUAUUCAAAGCGCGAUAUCGGUGUAAACGAAGAAAUCACUUAUGAUUAUAAAUUUCCGAUUGAAGACGAGAAAAUUCCAUGUCUUUGUGGAGCUGCGCAGUGUCGAGGAACUUUAAAUUAAGGUAUUUAUUCCAAGUUUGAAGUAGCUACUUACAUUUAAUACUCGAAAGCAUUGAAAAUUCCAUGUCUUUGUGGAGCUGCGCAGUGUCGAGGAACUUUAAAUUAAGGUAUUUAUUGCAAGAUUGAAGUAGCUACGUACAUUUAAUACUUGGAAGCAUUUGUACUUCAUUGGAUGGCAUUUGAAGGCAAUUGCAGAGAAUAAGAUUGUUGACGCUACUGACAUUUCGAGUUAAACAGUAUUUCAAGAACUACUUCAUAUUUUUCUGUCUAUAAAUCAAACGCAAUGUUAUGUAUAUACAAUUUUCACCUACAAAAUAUUUACGUUUUCUA